AUGAAAAUAUUUACAAAAACUCAAAGUAAAGAAGCCUUUAUUCCAACCUUGUUCAAUUGCAUUAAGGUGAUAUGUAUGACUUCUACUGGGGCCUACAGGUACAACUUUAAAGAAUUCCGAUGGAAUAUCAAUUUCGAUUACUAUAUAGGAAGGUUUUACUACAUUGACACUUGA